AUGGAAAACGAAGCCAGCGGUUUGACAGACUCCUUCGUGGCCAGACACACUAUAGACCUUAUCUUACGCUCGGAUCUGCUUUCUCGUAAUCAAAAUGGCUCACGCCCUGACCAAGGCACAUGGUUGGGGGCACAGGUAAAAAAGAUUGAAUGCAGCAUAGCUUUUAGAUGAAGAGAGGGACACUGAUAUUCCUUUUCUGGGACUACGCAGCAUGUCUGCUGGGGCAGGAAGGACGUUUUAAAAGUCAUUCUCAAUCACCGAAAUUGAAGCUGAGAUCGCAGCUUUUCUUGAAUACGACAUAAAAACUGGAAAAAACUAUGAGACAGAAUGAUCCGGAAAAUUUGAUCGCACAAGCUUAGUGAAAAAAUUGAUUUCCUGUAUGACAAAAAGAUACCUUAGGGAACUGAACUGUUGCGACUCCCCCCUUGAGGUGCUUUGCGAUAUCUGUACAGGAAAAAUUUUCCCAAUUUUCAUUUACUUAAAACAAAAACAGCUCAUAGAUUUAUGAAGCAUAAAAACGAGCAUUCCAAGCGAGGAAAAAUGGGUCUAGCCAUACAAUAAACGUUUUUGAAAAUAGUCGUAUUUUGUUUCAUUUAUCCAGAUUGCUGGGUCAAACAAUAUUGUUAGCGACUUGUCUGCAGCUGGUUCGUAUUCGGGGAAAAUAAGACCUUGGAAUGUUGAGUCUUUAGAGUCAACGAACAACAGUCCUUUUGCGUUGGUGCAAGGAGUAGCCAGAGCAACGGUCCAAAUAAACAGGGGAAUGCGGGAAAGAGAACAGCGUGAAUUGGAGCGGGAACAACUUCAAAGGGACCAGGACAGAAGGGAAGCAGAGAUUAGAAUGAGACAAAACAGAGAAGUGAUAGAAAGGGAGAGAAGGGAAAUGAGAAGAUCUAGUGGAUGGAGAGAAUGGCAAGAGGCAAUUCCUGGACCUUGGUGCUCAUGCCACCUUGAAGAGGUGACUAACAUGUUUUUCUUUAGUUUCUUUCCUUCUAAAUUGACCAGCAAGUUGUCUUUCCUUGCACCUGCUCGGGGAAAGUUGAAAUGACUCAAGCGACCAACGACGGCAUUUGGAAAAAGAAAAAAUUACGAUCUGAAAAAUGAGAAAGAAAGAACCCGUGAGCAAAUAAAACUUCUGUUGAUCCCGUUUUCUAAACUCCAGUUACUGCAGUUUUGCCCGUUGCCCAUCAUCACUUCUUUCCACACCCCUUUUGAAAUUUCUUAGUUUUACCUUUUUUUUUCUUGUUUCAGUUUGUAG